GUUCAAGUGAAUCUGCAGUGGCGCGUUGCAUUGUGGGAAACACAUGAUUGACGCCGACGCCAUUUUGCUGCGCGCGUCCAUUGUGUGAAGAUCGUAAACAUCUGACAAACACUCUCUAGUACAGAGAUACAUUUACCGUUGGUGAUCAUUUGACGUCAUGGCUCGUACCAAGCAAACUGCUCGUAAAUCCACUGGAGGAAAGGCUCCUCGAAAGCAGCUGGCAACCAAGGCUGCCCGCAAGAGUGCUCCUUCCACUGGAGGAGUCAAGAAGCCCCAUCGUUACAGGCCUGGGACUGUCGCUCUGCGAGAGAUUCGUCGGUACCAGAAGUCCACUGAGCUGCUGAUCCGCAAGCUGCCCUUCCAGCGCUUGGUCAGGGAGAUUGCCCAGGACUUCAAGACCGAUCUGCGUUUCCAAAGCGCUGCCAUCGGUGCUCUGCAGGAGGCCAGUGAGGCUUACCUGGUGGGACUAUUUGAGGACACCAACCUGUGCGCCAUCCAUGCCAAGCGUGUCACCAUCAUGCCUAAAGACAUUCAGUUGGCCCGCCGAAUCCGUGGAGAACGUGCUUAAAAACAUGUAACUUUUGUCCUUUUUUUUUUUUUUUUUUUACUCUUACCUGUCUUUCCUCUUCUUACUGUCUGCUUUUUUCUCCUUCAUCUUCUGUAGACUUUAGGCUAACUGACUAUUAAGAUAGCAUUAAGCUGAUGUCUGGUCUCUCAAAGGUUUCUUUCUGUGUCUCUGUUGGCGCGCUUAAUUGAUACUUAGUCUUUUAGGUCAAUUAAGUGCAAAAGGCUAGUGCACGGGUAGUACAGUGUACUCAAAAGGGUCAAAGGUGUGAGUGCGCAUUGCCGGACACCUACUUCACACCCUCAGUAGUCGCCAUCUUGGCUAUGUAGCGGAAGAGGAGGGACUAACUUGAAAUGUUGGCAAGGCAGGAGCCCGGCCAUUUCUGGUAAGUGCGCAGCAACAGUAAUGGACUUGGGAUAAUUCCGUCAGUAUACUUCUUAAUGAGUAUAUUGUGUACUGUUCCUGAGUGUGUAGAUUUUGGCAAUGUAGUGCUGUCCCAAAUCCAUUACAGUUGUCGCGCACGCAACGGAGAUCACAGCAUGUACUUGCGUUUUCUUGUUUCAUUUUUAAUGUUGAAUUGCGAGCACUAAAAAAAGAAACGUUUUUCAAACAUUUUGAGCUCGCUUGUUGUUUCAGCCGCAAGAGAAGAUUUAACUUGUUAAAUGUCUUCCAGGGUCUGGAAUGUGAGCUUUCAUGCUGUCCCUACCUACCCUACCGCUGGAUAGCCAAGAUGGCAGCUAUCGACAGUGCUAAGUGCAGCACUAUGCGUGCACCAUUUUUAGUGACAGUGCACUGUAUAUUGCAUUAAGUACAGAAGUGUGCCAAUGCAGACACAGCUCUGUCUUUUUUAGGGGACCUUUUACGUGCAUGUGUAGUAUGUACAAGGGCUUUUAAGAUCAAACACUUCUGGGUUUGAGGGCGUAGUCACACUUUUGGGUCCACCUGGAUUCUUCUGUCCUUGGUGGUCCGUGGGUGCGGACUUAGGGACUCAGACAGGCUAGUCUGCUUAAGGGGAGCUGCAACUUCCACAGCAGGGUGCUAAUAAAACUAGUCCUGACAUUUCUGACUUAUGUCAUCACAACUCCGCCCUCACACCCACGCAAGCGCUCUUGGUUACUUAAAACGUGCAUACGGUGUCUUUUUUUUAUUUUUUUUACACACGUCAUUCAUUAUCCCUUCAAUUCCACUUUAGUAUUCAAAGCAGUAGUGUGAAAACAUGAUUAAGUCUUCUUUUUUUUUACAGUAAAAAUGUAAUGAUGUUUCAGGUUGUAUUUGUAAUUGCAGCCACAUAGGGACGAUGUUUCCCCAUCAGCAAGUUUAUGCAGCCUUUUGCUUUUUUGGUCUCUGGCCUUAAUUAUCACAUGAUUGACAAUAAAUCAGAUGUUUCAAUA